UUGACUAGCACGGCAGAAUAACCCACUCUAAGGCAGAAAGAAAAACGACUUCUGCAGUCCCUUUUCUCAGCUAGAGCUGUUCAUUUUUUUUCAGUCGUUUUACCUGGGGAAUUAAGGCAAUGAAGCAAAAAGUCGUGAUUAAACUUUCUAUGAAUGAUGAGAAGUCCCGCAAGAAGGCCUUCAAAACUGUUGUCGGUCACGCAGGUGUGGAAUCUACGGCUUUGCAGGGAAAGGGAAAGGAUCAAAUAGAGGUAGUUGGAGAUGGGAUUGAUGCAGUGAAGCUUGCAACUUUGCUCAGAAAAAAUGUUGGGUAUGCAGAGCUUGUGACCGUGAGCCCAGUUGGUGAGAAGAAAGAUGGUGAUAACAAGGAUGAUGGCAAGAAAGAUCCCAGUUCUACGCAGCCACCUGUGGUUUGGUCCACUCAUCCUUAUGUUUACAGCAGUGUACCUUACCAUCUCUAUCAAGUUAGAGACCCCUAUUAUGACUCCAACUGCACCAUCAUGUAAGAAUGCAGGACACAAGAAAUUUGGGAAUUUUAGGGUUACCGAUCUUUUUCCCAGUCAUACAAGGAAAAGUGAAGUUCAGGGGUGCUGCUAAAUUUUAGGCAUGGUCCUCUAGAGAACUGGAAUAAAGAUGAGAAUUCAAUCAUAUUAAGGUGAAGGGAAGAUACUUGGGUCUGUAGGGGGAGGACUCUGUUUCCUGGGGCUAAUAAACCAGUUGGAGCUAUUGCCUAGGUCUAGAUUUUGGCUUGUUUCAUGCUUCGAAAAAAAAAAAAAAGAUUUUGGCUUGUUUCAAGUAGUUGUUUUGUAUAUUCAUUCGAUGGUUGUAUUUGACAUCCUAGGAACAAGUGUUUGGAUAACUCAAUUUUGCCGAAUGAUAUUUCGUCUGUGUCAUAAACAUAUUUUUU